CAGGAAAAAAAAAAAAAUCAAACGGACCCUUGGGUGACCAUGCAAAUUUGCGACCACAAUGUGGCAUUGCUAAACGUCUCUUCUUAGGCGUACAACUUUACUCAAAAGCCACAAACCCCGAGUCUCACCCUGUCCUCCUCUCCGCUCACCAUGGCAGCCGUCGCCCUCCGCCGAGGCUCGCGAAGAAUCCCCUUCCCCCAAAGAAACCACCAGUAUCUCUCCACCCUCUCCGCGCCCUCCGAACCCGCUCCUUCUCCUCCUCCUCCUCCCUCUCCCUCCCCCUCCAACCCCAUCGCCCGCCUCAAAUCCACCAUCCGCGCCGAGUCAGACCCCGACCGCAUCGCCGAGCUCUUCCACUCCGCAGCCGCCUCCGGCGUCCCCCGCUUCCACGCCCAGCGGCCCCUCUUCUUCCUCGCCGUCCAUAAGCUCGCCCGCGCCCACCGCCCCGACCUCGUCGAGGGCCUCCUCGAUCCCUUCCUCUCCGACCCCGCCGCCCCUCGCUCCGAGGGCUUCCUCGCCCGCCUCAUCUCUCUCUACUCCGCCGCCGCCAUGCCCGACCACGCGGCCCGCACCUUCGACCGCAUGCCAGGCCUCGGCGUCCCCCGUUCUGAUAAAUCCCUCUCGGCUCUCCUCUCCGCCUUCCUCCAUAACCGCUGCUUCGAUCGCCUCCACGACGCCUUCGAUCGGGCGCCCAAGGAGCUCGGCAUCGCCCCCGGCAUCGUGUCCAACAACAUCCUACUUCAAGCCUUGUGCGAGAACGGGGAGGUCGUGGCAGCCCGCAAGGUGCUCGACGAAAUGGCGGAGAAGAAAAGGGAUUCUGCGGUGGAGCCGGAUAUCAUCUCGUAUAACACGUUGCUGAAUGGAUAUCUAAAGAAAGGGGAUGCCGAUGGGUUCGAAGAGAUUCUUAAAGAGAUUGCCCACAGAGGAUUAGAGCCUAAUGUGGUUACUUUUAACUGUAGGAUCUCAAAAUUUUGCAAGAAAAGUGAGAGCUUUAAGGCUGAGGAGCUGCUGGAUGUGAUGGUUUCGAAGGGCAGUCAGCCGAAUCUCGGUUCAUUCAAUACGAUAAUUGCUGGGUUCUGCAAAGAAGGGGACGUGGCCUCGGCUUUGAGGGUGUUCAAGAGGAUGAAGGUGAUGAAGAGGAUGAAUGGGAAGGACGGGUUGUCACCAAAUCCUGACACGUAUAUUAUGUUGAUUAGAAGUUUGGCUGAGAAGGGAGAGUUUGGCCAUGCAUUGGUGAUCAGCAAGGAGUGUUUGACUAAGAAAUUUGCGCCACCAUUCGAGGUUGUGAAAGGAUUAAUUGAUGGAUUAGUCAAGGAUUCCAAGGUUGACGAGGCCAAGGAUUUCGUUGCAAAGAUGAGGGAGAUACUUAAAGGUGAUGCUGUGGAUGCAUGGAAGAAAUUUGAAAGUGCACUCUCUUUAUAGAGUGCGCGGGCUUUGGACCAGAGAAUGUUAAGAGUUGUUUUCCUUUGGCAUGCGAAAUGACGAAGGAAAUGAUAUACAGGUGCUUAACUUCAAACAUCUGUAGGUUUCCCUUCUGCUUGUAAUUUGUGUUGAUGUAUUGGAAUUCAGAGAAUUUGCCUCAGUUAGGGGGUUUGCUUCUUAUUGUCGGUGGGAGUUUCAAACUCAAUCGAGCAUUUGAAUUGCCUUACACGUUUAAUAUCCAAGUACAAUUUUGUUGCUUU